GUUAAAUUCCGCUAGAUGUCGCUUUUAUUAUUUUGCAAAAUCGGAAAAAUGUAGAUUUUAUUAUAAUUUUCGUAGAUUUACCCUCAUAAAGAACAUAUGGCUCAGUUUGGGAGGAACCUGGAAGGACUAAGCUCCUCGCAUACUGUUAAAAUACCAGAGGUUGAGACAAUAGACAAGUAUACAGUAUACAUUAUCCAUGUUACAAUUGGCCAGUACUAUUGGACAUUGCGUCACAGAUACAGUGAAUUCAGUGAACUACAUGAAAAGCUUGUUGCCUCUCAUGCCAUUGAGAAGAACUUACUUCCUCCGAAAAAACUAUUUGGGAACUUGUCCGAGGGAUUUAUCGAGAAAAGACGCAAGGACUUGGAGAGUUACUUGGAAAAGCUUCUACAGAGUUUGGCGCCUCUUCCUCCCCUCUUGGCAAAUUUCUUGCACUUCGACAAAUAUGAGAUCCAUGGAAUCACACAGUCUCUUGCUGAGGAUCUAUACCACAAAGGUGAUAUGAUACUACAGUGUAAUGAGCUGUAUUAUUUGACCCCACUACAACUCUAUUCUAUAACACAUAGACUGAAGCUAGCUGAACCCACAUGUGAUUCAGGUGAUUCUAAGAGGGACUUAGGCCACGCCUUAGACUUUAUCACCAGAUUGAAAUACUUACAAAUCUAUGGCAGUGACACUCUUGUGGGGACAAGCAAUCUAAACAUGAAUGACUUACAAUAUGAUAUGACACAAUUCAAAUCCCUCAAGUCAUUAGAGUUUGAUGGCAGUAAUCCUGGGAUGGUCUCAGGACUCGAGAACAUAAAGAAAUCACUCAUCAAACUCUCAGUUCACUCAUGCCUCACUAAGGUCAAGGACAUUCUCCUGCAGGAGUUGAUGCCUGUGUGGAGUGCCUCCAGUGAUGCAGCAACAGCAUCUGGUUGGACAAACCUGGCAUUCGCUGACUUCAGUUGUAAUGCAAUAAGACAUCUUGAUGAAUCAGUGAAAUUGAUGCCUAAAGUUGGUCACUUAGACUUGAGCCACAAUGUGUUAGAGAGAGUUGACCACUUGAACUACUUGAUCAACCUUACAUACCUUGAUCUCUCAUAUAACAAACUCACAACUCUUGACUCACUGCAUACAAAACUGGGCAAUGUGAAGACACUAAACCUGGCUGGCAAUAAACUAGAGAGUCUAGCUGGGCUGUCAAAGUUGUAUUCACUUGAAAACCUGAACAUUAGUGAGAAUGAAAUAUCUCAGAUCCUAGAAGUGAAGCACCUGGCCAACCUGCCUUGCCUUGAGGCUGUUAACCUUGACAAGAAUCCUGUCACAAUUGUCUUGGAAUACAGAGUCAAAGUGCUUGAGUUUUUCCAAGAGAGAGCACCAGAGAUUCUCCUCGAUGGUGAGAAGGCCAAUCAGAGAGAGCUUGACACUGUAGCUGUUCUUGUAGCAAUCCAAAAGGGAAAGAAAGCAAAAGAGAAAAUCAAAAAGCAAUUAACAAGAAAGCCCACGGUUGAAGCUGACAUCAACGAAACUUCAAACGAGGCCAGCAACAUCCAGCAAGCAGAUCAGAUGCAUCCACAAGAGUCAAGUGUGAGUGAGAGUGAGGGUUUGAGUAAUGAUCCUGAGGAGUUUCGGCAUCAGGUAGAGUCCAUUCGCAGACAGGGGGGAGAGGCUUGGCUUCAUUUAUUAAACAGACUAACCACCCCUAAUAGCAGCUCUAGUUCUCAUCCUCAGCAGGGUAAGACCAAGUCCAGCUUCUAUGUGGGGGCAGGGGGAGCAGAGGGUGGGGUGCCUAGCUAUGAACAACCCACUGCCAUCACAAUGACCCACCCGCCUUCACAUCCUGCUAGUCAUACGGCCCACCCAUCUGGUCAAACAUCUAGAGAUGAGCCAACACAAACUGAAUCUCAAAGUCCUGAAUCUCCAUUGCCAAAGCCUGCUGGUCGCCUCUCUCUGCUAUCUGCGGAUCUACCUAAUAUAACAAGUACAGAUUUUGUGGAACAUAUUCAGGAUCUUGUACAUAAAGUCACACCACCAACAGAUCACUCCAGUUUUGAUGAGCACUUCAAUGAGGAGAAACCUCAUCACAUUUUAUGGUGCCCUUGUAUUCAAUAUUGUAACCCCCAAAGAGAACGCUCCACAUGUAUUGUAGUGACUAAUGAAAACAUUCACAUAUUUGAGACUGUUGCAACAGAGAAGCCAAGUUCACAUGGCUUCCCUGUGUUAAAACAUUUUUAUAAAAUGGGAUUGAUUAACAUUCAAGAGAUGAUUGUGGGUUAUAGAUGGCUAUAUGUGAGACUAGAAGAGUCAUUUCUAGGCAUGGAGGGUACCUUUACCCUCAUGACAUCUAACCCUGCAAGGACUGAAUCAUUCAUAAGUGCAAUAAACACUGUAUAUAAACUGAAGUCAAAGGAGCAACAGAGAGUUAUCCCGCCACCUGAUGUCGUAUACUGCAAGGCUGGGACAGAUGAAGUCCUAAAGAGAAGCCUUAAUGAAAUAGAAGGUCUCUCUGACCUUAGCAAGAUAGAGGUUAAGUUGUACAUGCAUGUUAAUGCUGCAGUAGGAGGUAGCUUUGAUUACCCCACUAGGGCCUUGUUACUGACAUCUAACCAUCUGUAUCUCAUCAGGGAGGAUUUUGUUCACCACCCUAGACCCCAAUUUGAGUUGGAUGCCCCAAGUAAUGCCCAAUUCCAGAUCCUUUGUUGCUAUCCCAUAUCUAGUCGUAUCUCUGGUAUAGACCUCUAUGAUUGUGCUACCAUUGUGACGCCAACAUUGUUGUCUAAGAAACAGAGAGCUAAACAAGCUAAAUGCCACCUGGCCUAUGGUGUGAAGUUGACAUUUGAUAGUGCUACAUCGAUUGAGCACCGUCAGCCAAGCAGUGUAUUGGACAUAAGAGUGCAGACCUCAGAGCUAAGAGACACAUUUCUUGGUAGUCUGACUGAGGCAAGAGCACAAAUAGCUAACAGCUCCCCUAAGCUAAACCCAACUAGGACACGCCAUGUUGAGAUAUCAGACACUGUCACUGAGAUUGCAGAUACAGUGCAGACAGUUAAAAUCAGCCAUCAAGACAAUGUUGACACACCAAGUGCAAUAGAAUGUACAACUCCAUUGAAGAAUGAUGACGAUGUAAAUGACAAUCAAAAUGAUAAAACAAGUCAACCCCAAGCUGAAUCUGAAGUGGCUAGAGAUGAGAAAGGAGCAACAGGAGGUGUCUCACCUGACACCACAUCAGCCGAGAGCUAUGAGACCGCCUCAUCUGAGGUGACCUCCACCCCUCCUUUACGUCCUUUCUACCUUGACUUAGAAGGAGGUUACCCUGAUAAGGAAUUAACAGACCACAUAGCUAUGUGCAUCACUAACAUGCCCACUCUCAAGCCAAUAUCUGAUCAACUUGCAGCUCUCAGUACUAUGAAGUCGUAUCAGGUGUUCGAUUAUUUCCAUAAAAAUGUCGCACAGAUUGGUGUUGACUAUGAAGAGCUAAGACACGUCAUGUGGAGCUCUGUUACACCUUUUGUAUCUCCAACACAGGAGAUCUAUUCCCUGGUUAUGCUGAGCACGAAAGCUGUGUACUUCAUCUCAGAUGUCCAUGUGCAGAAAAAGGAAGGAUCUCAACCUUGGAAGUCUCACUCUAGGCACCAGUCAGAUUCCUUUGUGAGUAAACCCAAGAAGAAGCAGCAACUCUCUGGCCCUGUUGACAUACAUAGCAGUGGCUCUGGGGCCAGCCCUGGUAUCAUACACAAGGGAUCCCACAGACUGGUGAGACCAUAUAUGGUGCUGUUACUCACUGAUCUAAAACAAGUACAUGUAGGAAUGUUUGACCAGAGCUUUAGGCUGUCUGGUAUGAAACCCGAGACUGUAUUUGCUUGCCUACCCAGAGACUUCACCCAGACUGAGUUGUUUGUGAAACAGUUGAUGUCAUCGCUGUCAAUGCGGCUGCCCUCCCCUGGGUCUGAUAUCACAAGUAGUGACUCUGAACCAGACUUGUAUAAGGAGUUCCAGAGCAGUAGAUCGGACAGCAUGGUGGAGUAUAUACACCCCAGUAAGGUGAAGUUUAUUUACCCCAGUGAGGAGACCAUAUCUGAGCUGACAUUCCUUAUCACCGAGGGUAUAAGGGGUAAGAAACCCAAGCUUGGCGACCUAAAUAUUCUCUCAUAUUGUCUCCUGUUUCAGUCCCACAACUCUGAUGUCCUUGAUGGUGAUUUCUCCUCCAUUGAACCCCGUACUUUGAUCAUUACCAAUAAUCACCUAACUCUAGCCAUAGAAGACCACGUUAACUACCCUCUGCCAGAUUUCGCAAAAGAGCUCCCUGUGACCCCACAUCUAAAGGUAUUGGAUAUUCGAAGCUUUGAAUUCUUGAAACGUAUCGUAGUGAGUGACUUCAAGUCGCAUGAUUUAGUGUUUAUAUUUAGCGAUGAGUCUGAGGAAAUGGUGGUAGAUGCGUCACUGGAGUACUACAGACAGAGGGGAGAGGGUCUGGGGAGGGUGCCCAGUGUAGGGGAAAUGUCAUGGCUGCUUGUUAUAAAGAGUCUACGUGACAAGGAGAAACUAUUGAAGUGUGUUGCCAGACAGUGGAGUGAAAUGAACAAUGGAGAGGAGCUAUCAGUUCAAGUCAGUGCCUAGUCGAAUUUACAUAUUGAGGGCAUUUUUCGGCGGUCGAUGGUCUGCAGUCGGCGUAUGUAUCAAAUGACAUGUCGUCUCUUUGUCACUGAACAGACACUAUUUGAACGUAUAAAAUAUCUGGAUUUGUCAGUUUUCUCAAGUGACGUAGCAUGGUGAAUGUUCAUCUUUUUUGGCACUGGACUUACAAAUCAAGAAGUCGCAGUCCAUCACGUUUGACUUCGAUAUCAUCAAUCACCACGUGAUUAUCAGCUGAGUGGUUUGUAUAGUUGAUAGAUCUCAUACAAUCAUACAUGUACAAUAUACACACAUAUGUGCAUGUACAUGUAUAUGUAUAUGAUUGUGGAAAUAAGAAUUGUGUGUCUAUUAAAUGAAUUAAUCGCAUUAUGAACGUAGACACUGUUGUAUUUUAUAUUAAGCAAUUUGUAUAUCUUUGUAUUCUGUGCAAUUAUUAUGUGUACAUGUCAUGUUUAUAUACUGUAUGUGUAACUAUUAGGACCCACGUGUUAAUGGGCAUAUAUCUUUACAUUAAAGAUAUAUACAUAAUAUUUUGAAUGAAAUUUUACUGUAUAUUGUGAAAGUACUUGGGCCGCUGAAAUGCUUAGAGAAUACUUGGAAUCCAAUAAGGAAUGCUUAUACCUACAUGUGCAUGAUGUACAUUGUAUUCUAAUUAAGGCCUAUUGAAUUAAAAAGAAACUUAUACUAUCC